UCGCUCUUGUGUUUCCCCAGGAGAGUCCUCGCUGCCUGCUGCAGCAGAGACGGUCCUCGCCUUUGCUGGCGGGGAAGUCCUUCUGCCAUGCAGCUUCAACAUCAGCGCCGGCGGCGACUUCCCCACAGUGGAGUGGUCCAAGCACGGCCUGCAGCCGAACAUCGUCUUCCUGUACCGGGAUGGCUGCGAGACUCACGAGAUGAAGAACCCGGCCUUCUGGUACCGGUCGAGCCUCAUCACGAGAGAACUGAAGAACGGGAACAUCUCGCUCAGGAUCUCCGACGUGCAGCUGGCGGAUGCAGGGAAGUACCAAUGCAAGAGGCUGUGGAGUAAGACGCGCCGGGACGUCACAGACGUGGAGCUGGUCGUGGCUGCAGUUUCUGAGCCCAAGCUGUCCGUGGUGUCGUCUGAGGGCGGAGGCGUGACGCUGCAGUGCGAGGCGAGCUGCUGGCUGCCGGAGCCGGAGAUCAUCUUCCUGGACGAUCGGGGGAGAAUCAUCAGCGCAGAGGAGCCGAAGAGAGACAAAGACACCGGACAAUGUUUCACUGUGAGGCGCAGAGUCACCCUGCAGGACGCCCCCAACAGGGUCACCUGCAGAGUUCACCAGGCGGCGACCAAUCAGAGCCACGACACAGAGCUCCUGCUGCCAGUUGGGAGGUCUUGCUAUGUGACGUUUCUCCCGCUGUUAUACUCGCUGUUAUACUCGCUGUCGUAUUGUUCGUGUGUGGAGUCGUUUUCUUUCUGUGGAAGAAAUGUGGCAAAGCUGCGCGGACGCAGACUGUGACCAGACUGUCAUUGGAUCAAAGUGCUAGAAGUAGCCCCUCUGACAGCCAGGUGUUCCUGCAGAGUGUGAAGGUGGACAACACGAGGAACCUGAGCGACGAGAGGCAGAGCACAGAGGUGCAGCAGCUGGAGUCCAAGCUUCACGAGAGAGAAGAGGCGGCGCUGCAGAACGUGGCAUCAGGCGGCUCCUCCCUCAACGAGGCGCCGACUCCGGGAUCCUCCCACCAGAAGAGCGCUCGCUCCCCGAGACGCUCGCUGUUCAGGCUGAACAGCAGUCCGG